CUGCGGGAUAUGCAGACAACGAGGACUUUGUGUGAUAUUGUUUUGACCGGCGCGGAGGAUUCAUCAUUUGGCAUUCCAUGCCACCGCGUCGUUCUCAGCGCGCACAGUUCUUACUUCCGCGCGAUGUUUACUACGGACAUGAAAGAGUCUUCCGAACCCAACGUUCAAUUUAAAAAUAUUUCCACAAGCACGUUGUACGAAUUGAUAAGCUACGCGUACACUUUGGAAUUUGAGCCCAGUGCGGACAACGUUCAGCUAGUUCUAACAGCGGCCUUGUUUUUGGACAUUCUGCCCGUCGCUAAAAAGUGUUGGGAUUUUGUGGCGGAGCGCAUGAAUAUCUCCAAUUGUUUGAUGGUGCACUGCUUGGCCGACCAGCUUAACAAUCCACCAUUGGCCAGGAAGUCCAAAGCUAUGGUUCUUCGCAACUUUAGCCAGAUCUCAGAGAGUGCUGACUUUCUACUCAUCACCGCGGAGAAGAUGGUAGACCUGAUCGGUUCGGACGAUUUGCGCGUGGAAAAGGAGGAUGACGUACUGGAUGCAGUGAUGCGCUGGCUGGAUUACGACCAUGCCGGACGGAAGGCGCAUGUUUCUGAUGUAAUGCAGUUUGUGCGGAUAGACUUCCUUAGUCUUACGCCACGGGAGAACUUGAACGGCUUUAUGAACUCACCAGCUGCUGCUUUAUCACUGGAGUCCAGGAGCACUGGUGCACUGUCUAACCAUCGAGCGGACGCCAUCACAGUUCGAUGUCGCCCCCGUGAAUCGUACGGCGUGCCAAAGGCAGUCAUUUGCGUUGGUCAGUUGAAUCCUAAAGAGAAUGGAAAGAAAACUCGUAUGGCGUUGAUGAUGUUCAUACCGGCAACGUCAGUCGUGCAGCGUCUAACGUAUCUGCCAGAAAAUUUUGAUGGGCCUGCCUUGGGGAUGUUAGAGAACGGUAUCAUCUUGGCAUGCGGAGGACGGUCAAAGGGCCUGUCGGAGCGCCGGGUCUGGCUGUAUGACACAAGCAGCAACACGUGGAACGAGCGCCAAGAAAUGAGAGAGAAACGUUACGGAGCGGGCGUGGUGGCGCUUAAUGGGCGUAUUUAUGUUGUGGGCGGUGUUGAUCGUCGAGCACGAACACGGGGUCGUCGCGUGACUUCCGUCUCUUUGUCAUCCGUGGAAGUGUACAACCCGACACAGAACAAAUGGAAGUUGGUGGCACCUCUGCCGGUCGCGCUGCUGGAUUUCGGGCUUGUGGUCUUUGAUAAUCGGCUGUUGUAUUCGGAGGAGAAACUGCAGAAUCAAAAGAGGCGUACCGACAUGCCGACGGAGCGACGUUCGUGUACGGCAUGCGUGAGCCCCAGCGGACUAAUUUACGUAAUCGGUAGGUCGGCGGAUGCGGCUGAAACUGGACAGUGUGUGGAGGCUUAUGAUGCAGCUACCGAUCAGUGGCAUAAAAAGAAAAAUAUGAUAGUAAACCGCUACUCAGCGGUCAGUGCCUGCGUCGGGGGAACGAUCUAUGUUGUGGGUGGAGUGGAUGAACCUGAAGAAUAUGUUGAGAAUACUUCCAUCGAAUAUUAUGACGAAGACACCGACACAUGGACUCUCCACAGCUGCCAGAUGCCGGAAGAGAGAGAACUCACGGGUUGCGCUGUGAUGACCUUGAACGCCGGCAAAUCACUGUGA